ACUAAUCGUUCACUCAUACAUCCUCAUCACGCACACUUUCGGCUACAUGGGCAUGAGAGGAGAGCGGCCUCCCCAUCCACCCACUCCUUAUUGCUAUAACAACCAAAGGCGCGGUCAAGCAGGCAGCGUGACUCAAUAGAAUAGCGUUUCAAUUCAGACGGACACCGACCGACCCCUCCAACGGGAGUUAUAUUUCUGUCAAGUAAACAUAGCCUAAACAGAAUCCAGAGAGCUAUAGUUCAUUGUUGCAAAGCGAAUGAGACAGAAUAGCGAAGGAGCUCCCCGUCUGUUACGUGAAGAUUAGACUAGUGUUAUAACCUGUAGGUAGGCUGCUACUGGUGGUAGGGCUGUAGCCUACUGGAGAGUAGGACACCUUUGCUUUCGCAGCGCAGCGGUUGUAUGGAUGGGCUGAGUAAAGCAAGGUUUAAAACUAACUGGGCGACAAUCAGGAAGAAACACUAUUCAGUCCUACUUUUUUUGUCGACUAGAGACGGGGCACCAUCCCCACUGAGUCAGCACGAGAAGGUGACAUUCUUUGUGAAGCGGUACCUCUAAUCUUCUCACGUCUGUCUUCCCUGGUGACGACAUGGCGAGUGAGAACGGACAGUCUGGUGGGGGAUCUUGGAAAAAGAAUGUCGAUGAUAUCAAGAAGGUAUUCGAGUUCAAAGAAGUCCUUGGAACUGGUGCAUUCUCGGAAGUGGUAAUGGCCAGGGAGAAGACCACAGGGAAGAUGGUUGCAGUGAAGUGUAUACCUAAGAAAGCACUGAAGGGGAAGGAGACCAGCAUCGAGAACGAAAUCGCCGUGCUAAGGAAGAUAAAACAUGAGAACAUUGUGGCUUUGGAGGACAUCUAUGAGAGCCCCAACCACCUAUACCUCAUCAUGCAGUUGGUGUCUGGGGGUGAGUUGUUUGACCGCAUUGUAGAGAAGGGCUUCUACACAGAGAUGGAUGCCAGCAGACUCAUUAAACAGGUGCUGAAUGCAGUCAACUACCUCCACGACAUGGGCAUCGUACACAGAGACCUCAAGCCAGAGAACCUUCUCUACUACAACCCCCAUGAUGAGGCUAAGAUCAUGAUCAGUGACUUUGGUCUGUCUAAGAUGGAGGGGACAGGAGACGUGAUGGCUACAGCCUGUGGAACACCAGGAUAUGUGGCCCCAGAGGUUCUGGCUCAGAAGCCCUACAGCAAAGCAGUGGACUGCUGGUCUAUCGGAGUCAUCGCUUACAUUCUGUUGUGUGGCUACCCUCCGUUCUAUGAUGAAAAUGACUCCAAGCUCUUUGAGCAGAUCCUCAAGGCCGACUAUGAGUUUGAUGCACCGUAUUGGGAUGACAUAUCUGACUCAGCCAAACAGUUCAUCAGCUCUCUGAUGGAGAAGGAUCCAGAGAAGAGAUUCACCUGUGACCAGGCUCUAGCCCACCCCUGGAUUGCUGGGGACACGGCUCUCUGCAAGAACAUCCAUGAAUCAGUCAGUCGGCAGAUGAGGAAAAACUUUGCCAAAAGCAAAUGGAGGCAAGCGUUUAACGCCACAGCAGUGAUCCGUCAUAUGAGGCGUCUCCAGUUAGGCAGUAGUCUGGGUGGCAGCUUUGGAGGCAGUAUGAGUGUGGACCAACCAGGACAGAAUUCUAUGCCAGCCAAGAGCAUGUCUGUAGACUGUGCCUCCCUCUCACGCAAAGACGGUCCUCUACAACCUCUGUCCACUCUGCCUCCUCUGCCAUCCUCCCCUGCGGCCUGCAGCGCCCCCGUUAGCAUCGGAGUGGAACCACAUGUCGAACCAGAGGCAGUGGUGGAGGUGCCCCGGCCACGCCCCUCCACGGUCACCACCAUCCACACGGGGACUAAAUGACAUCAGGUUCCACGCGAGGUCAGCUGGGAGACCACAGAGCUUUGAGUCGGGAUUCCAUGAUUACAAUUCCGCCCCUCAGAAUUCCACAAUUCGUCUCUCUUAGUCUGCCCACCCCGCCCCAUUCUCAGCUGCUGGGAUUGAGAACUUGAGGAGCUGUUCAAGGCUCCAUUUACCAUGGAUCAGCACUCACUGCAGUCCCAGUGCAGCACUCUGAUGUCCGUACCCUCCACAGGAGGUGUAUUCAGUGAUGUGAAAUAGAAUGAGGAGAACUGACAGGAUUUCCUAUUCUAUCUAAUGUAUCUGUUCUACACCGUACGUUCCUAUCUGAACACUCUGCCCGCUAACGGGCCACAGGACUGGUGGAGGAGAAGUAGAGGACCACUGACUGUCUCGCUCUGUCCUCCUGACCAGAGGGUGGCCAGCGGGGUCAGUCUCCCAGUGCUUGAAUCGGGUCGGUACGGAGUCAUUUCAACCUCAAAUGUUCACCUCCUUAUUGAAUAUUCACUCUAAACAUUGUAUAAUAUCAGCCUGUAGUUUAGAAAGUAGUGCCCCCCCCCCCCCCCCCCCCCCCAAGGCGCAUUUGUUAUUGUUUUUGUUUUUGUUUUGAGGACAUGAGCAUCCGGCAACGUAGUAAAAACUGUUGUUUUGAAGUAACGUCUUUGUUGUCCUAAUAUCGCAGUUUCACCGCAAUGGAUCGCAGCUUCAAGAUCCUAUUCCAUUUCUUUAAAAUAUGGUACUGUAAUAUGGUACUGUAAUAUGGUACUGGUAUGGUACUGUAAUAUGGUACUGUAAUAUGGUACUGUAAAAUGGUACUGUAAUAUGGUACUGUAAUAUGGUACUGGUAUGGUACUGUAAUAUGGUACUGGUAUGGUACUGUAAUAUGGUACUGGUAUGGUACUGUAAUAUGGUACUGGUAUGGUACUGUAAAUAUGGUACUGUAAUAUGGUACUGUAAUAUGGUACUGUAAUAUGGUACUGGUAUGGUACUGUAAUAUGGUACUGUAAUAUGGUACUGGUAUGGUACUGUAAUAUGGUACUGGUAUGGUACUGUAAAUAUGGUACUGUAAUAUGGUACUGGUAUGGUACUGUAAAUAUGGUACUGUAAAAUGAAAAUGACCACCUGAAAUCUUUGUCAUAGCACCUGCCAUGUUGUAAGACUGUCCACCGAGAGACAAAAAGAAGACCUGUUCGUAUGGUGGUGUGAGGAGGCCACACUAUGGGAACUCACCAGGUUUUCAUUAUUAGUCUUAAUUAUUGAGCCUGCUGUAUCUCGGAGACUGUGAGCCUGCUGUAACUCGGAGACUGUGAGCCUGCUGUAUCUCGGAGACUGUGAGCCUGCUGUAUCUCGGAGACUGUGAGACUGCUGUAUCUCGGAGACUGUGAGACUGCUGUAACUCGGAGACUGUGAGACUGCUGUAUCUCUGUGAGACUGCUGUAUCUCGGAGACUGUGAGACUGCUGUAACUCGGAGACUGUGAGACUGCUGUAUCUCGGAGACUGUGAGACUGCUGUAUCUCGGUGAGACUGAGUGUUGGGCACAGAACACCCUCUAUGCCUUGUGUUGAACAUCGCACAUGGAAACCGUUGAGUGGAGUUAGCGUUUCAUGCAACUGAAACAGAGCAUUCAAGGCUAAAAUAGUAAUUCCAUAUUAUUCUCAAUCAUAUUUCUCAUUUCUGUUUUAAAAGCUUGAAUGUUUUUCUGCAGUUGUUGUUACGGUUGAGCACUGUUUCAUUGUUACCAACUGUAGGAAAUAGCUGUUGUAUAUUUGCUUUGUGUUUUCUGGAUAUAGAAUGUCAGUGGAAUAAAUAAAUAUCUAUCUGCAGAGUCAUGCACACACACACAUCUGUGAAUGAAGUGCUUUAGUAGUGUGAGAUUGAUGAAAUCCCUUUUGAUAUUACUGUAGUGACGGUUCUGAUUUGAUUGUACACUUUUCCUAAUGGAAAGGUAUGUAAUUGUCUUAUAUUUAAUGACAUUUGUAAGAACAGUACGUGUGUCACUAGACUUUUAUGUUGAAAUAUAUAAAUGGAAACAGAUGUUACGUUAAUAAGAUAAAAGGUAUAGUUAUUGCUUGGUGGUUUAGUAUUUUAUUUUUAACGGACCGAUUGCGAUGUAACCGUGAAGCCAUGCUUAGCAUCAGGAUGCAACGUAGGAACACAACGUUGUGACCCGUUCUCAGGGAAAUUCUUUGAGGAACAUUUGAGGACAUGAAACCCCAGUUAUGUUGAUGAUGAUGAUGAUGAUGAUGAAGAGGAUACAUGUAUUGACUAAAGCACACGUUGCAUAUUAUUACGUGCCCUCAGGACAGUUGGGCCCAUAAUUCAUAGCCUUGUGAGGGCAGUUUGAUAUAUCCCAUAGUUGGGGGUUUGUUUUAGAUUUGUAUAAUACAAGGCUAAGAAUGAAAGAAGGCAUAUACCUAUUACCACUGUACUGUAGUUUUAUUUAAACACUGAAAAUGACAAACUACUAAAUAAAGAUUGAAGUAAUUUGAUAA